AUGCAAGAGCGAAUAACUCCUAAACUCAAACAAAGAGAAGCAGAAUUAAAUCGAAUCGACAGAGUUAGCUUUGAGCUCAUGCUUUCACGUAACUGCUCCCAAUCAUACGAUGAAUAUCGGAGCAUGGUGCAAGCGAAACUUGAUUCAACUACGCCGUGGAUAGGCGUGUAUAUUGCAGCAGCCUCUGCCGCCUGUACGUUUUCAAUGAUGGCUGAUGCUAUCAUUGGUUUCCGAAGCAAAAAGUAUUGGCUUCCAUGUAAGUAUUUCUCUCUCAACGCAUUCUCCUUGACUCUAUUAGCCGUGACCAUGAAGCUGCCCGUAGAUCUAACUAGCAUCGACCUCAACGUCAAAGAUAAACUCCCGAGGAUUAGUAGCCUCGUUUUGAUGUGUGCCGGUAUUAGUCAUUUCAUGACAUCUUUGGGCUCCAUGGAGAAUAAUGAAAUUCUGCUCAACAUAGCCGCUUUAGGCAUUCUCGUCAUCACUAUCGCGGGGAACGUGUGCAUUCAUACACUUGAGAGGCGUUCCUUCCCUAAUGUGCGAGAUAUGUUGCUUGAACAAGUUGCAUCCGCUAUGAUCAUGCUCCUCGUGCUCGCCACGUUGUGCUCUUUGGCCGUCAUGGUUCCGGGCGCCAGAAGAUACAUGCAACUCAAGUAUAAUGAGAUGCAUAAAUCUGUUUCAAAUAGAGAAUUAGAGUGGGGAAGAACUAGUAUUGAUGAGGUUGGAGUAUUGGUGAAAGGGUAUUGGGUGAUGGCAGAAACAGGCAGCCCCCAGUUUGUGGUGGCAAGGUCUGCCAUUUCUUCUGCUUCGGGUCUCUUGUAUCUUUUGGCAGUUGUAACAUUUGCAGUAGCUGUAACUCUGACAACAGCUUCUCCCAACAGGUCCAGUUUGGCCUAUUGUAUACAUGUUUCAGAAUAUAACUGGUCUGUCAUCGGUAUUGGCAAAGUUCAGAGUUUGGGAGUGAUGGUUGGAAGUAUUGCUCCUCUCUCAAGAUGGUUCGUUGCUUCAUGGUUGAAGAUUUCAGAGAUGGAACGAAAGAGCUUGGAAGACGAACUCAAGGUUGACAAGUACUGGACUUGGAGGCUGCUAGAGUGGAGGGAUACAUCACCUCCGUUUCAAAUUCAAAACCGCGUGUGCAAGAAGCUACUUUGUGAUGCAGUAAAGUUCGUUCUGAAUUUCUGCAUUGGAGCUCAGAUUCUCUUUGUUUCAUCUGCCAAACUAGUUCUAUUCCUCUCUGCUCGAUUUGGGAGUGCAGUUUUCUUGUGUUUCUGCAAGAAUUUAAAGAGGCCUGAUUCAGUGGGAGCAGAAAUGGAUUUUAGCAACUAUGUUCUUGUACUUGAAGGUGAGCCACAGUUGCCUGAUAAAAUCCUCAACAACAUCUGCAACGAGGCGGAUAGGCUUAUCCAGAUAGGUGAAAAGAAGCAGCCCAAGAAUCUGAUCCGACUUCUGAAAAAAUCUGCCAACUUCAAUGGGGUGGGACAGUUUGACAGCAGCCAAGUUCCAAGCUUGCAUUCUCAAGAACCUCCCAAUUGCUGGUCUCUGCCCCUGGUGACUUUGACAACCAUUUCAGUUGCACUUGCGAAUGUUGCAGAUGACGAGGCUAGCCAGUUAUUGGCUAGUGUUAGUGAGGGCUUGUCCAUUGUGAAGCUCAUCGAGAAAACUCUAGACAAAAACGGGGAGUUGGAAAGCAUCAGAAAAGCAGCAGACGUGGUUUGGGUCGGAGUUGAAGUAUACGGAAAAUGGGAUUAUAAAGAUCUGAAGAGCGCGAGCGUGAGAGGCGCAACCAACAAGGAAACACUGCUAAAGCUCUCAGACAUUGCAGGAAAGAUUGUGACAGAUUUCAUGGCUCAAACGAGAGAUGCUGUGAUGCAGAACCCUCUAAACUGGCCAGUUAGAGUCAUAGCUGCAAACUCAAUGUAUAGGAUUGCUGAGACGAUGUUGGUAGGAAUGGAAGAUGAGGAGGAGGAGGAGGAGGUAUUUGAGAGAAUAUCCAUGAGCAUCUCAGAAAUAGUAGCAGCGUGCCUCACCAAUCUAGUGCGAGUCAUUCAGUUCAAGUGUCACACAAACGACGUCAAAGAAAGGCAAGAAAGCGUGAGGCGAGCAGCGAUUCUUCUGGGCGAGAGUAAAGAGAUACUUGAAAUUCUGCAGGAGCGUGAGCUACCGAGUUUGGAUAUGGAGAGAGCUGCUAAUAUUGAUGAGUGGAGGAGGGCAUCCAUGGUGAUGGCGCUGGAUAUUGAAAAUCCUUGA